AUGUGGGGAUUACUAAUACUAUCUGGAUUAUUCAUAAUAAGCGCCUCAUCAAUUAGUUCAAGGAUAAUAGGCGGGGAGCAGAGUGAACGCAGUUCAAGACCGUAUCAAGUGGCUCUGUACCUUCGCGUUGGAACCACGGGUCAGUUGGGUUUCUGUGGGGGCUCUCUGAUAGACCCUCGAUGGGUAAUUACCGCUGCCCACUGUUGCUUCCAUGACGAGCUCAUUGUGGAUAACGUUCAGGCAAUAUUAGGUGCCUUCUCUUUAUACGACAGGUAUGAGAAUGGGCGUCGAAUUUUGAACGUCGAGGAAAUCAUAGUCCAUCCCGACUGGGAUCCCAUGACCUUCACCAAUGACCUCGCGUUAUUGAAGCUUGCUAAUGUCGUCCAAAUUACUGAAACUAUCAAUGUAGCAAGGCUGCCUUAUUUAAAUAUAUCAGACAACAAUUUCGCUGGACAGGCCGGGACAGCAUCAGGAUGGGGAAUUGCGGCACCACAAGUGACAUUCGUAUCACCAACUCUUCGACAGAAGACGAUGACGGUGAUCACAAACCAGCAAUGCAAUGCGACAAUGUUUGACCAGCUCCCGCCAAACGUAGUCUGCGGUCUUAGUUCGUUCUCGGGAACUUGCAAGGGAGACAACGGCGGACCUCUUACUGUUGUCUACCACGUAACAGAAGAAGAUAUAUUGAUUGGUGUAGCGACAUUUAUUGAUGCAACUGGAUGUAACGACAAUUUACCAUCGGUGUUCACAAGAGUUCAACUAUUUCUUCCUUGGAUUAGUAAUGUUACGGGUGUCGCAUUGGUAUAG